AUGGCGGACGAGGAUACCGGGGGUGCGGAGAGGAUGGAAGUCAGCACCGAGUUGCCCCAGACUCCUCAGCGACUGGCAUCUUGGUGGGAUCAGCAAGUUGAUUUUUAUACUACUUUCUCGCAUCAUUUGGCACAAUUAGUGCCAGAAAUUUAUUUUGCUGAAAUGGACCCAGAUUUGGAAAAGCAGGAGGAGAAUGUACAAAUGUCAAUAUUCACUCCACUGGAAUGGUACUUAUUUGGAGAAAAUCCAGAUAUUUGCUUAGAGAAAUUGAAGCACAGUGGAGCAUUUCAACUCUGUGGGAAGGUUUUCAAAAGUGGAGAGACAACAUAUUCUUGUAGGGACUGUGCAAUUGAUCCAACGUGUGUACUUUGUAUGGACUGCUUCCAGAAUAGUGUUCAUAAAAAUCAUCGUUACAAGAUGCAUACUUCUACUGGAGGAGGGUUUUGUGACUGUGGAGACACAGAGGCAUGGAAAACUGGCCCGUUUUGUAUAAACCAUGAACCUGGAAGAGCAGGUACUACAAAAGAGAAUUCACGUUGUCCAUUGAAUGAAGAGGUAAUUGCUCAAGCCAGGAAGAUAUUCCCUUCAGUGAUAAAAUACAUUGUAGAUAUGACUAUAUGGGAAGAGGAAAAAGAACUGCCUCUUGAACUCCAGAUAAGAGAGAAAAGUGACAGAUACUAUUGUGUUCUUUUCAAUGAUGAGCACCAUUCAUAUGACCAUGUCAUAUACAGUCUACAAAGAGCUCUUGACUGUGAGCUUGCAGAGGCCCAGUUGCACACUACUGCCAUAGACAAAGAGGGUCGUCGAGCUGUUAAAGCAGGUGCUUAUGCUGCUUGCCAGGAAGCAAAAGAAGAUAUAAAGAGUCAUUCAGAAAAUGUCUCUCAACAUCCUCUUCAUGUAGAAGUAUUACACUCUGAAGUUAUGGCUCAUCAGAAAUUUGCUUUGCGUCUUGGCUCCUGGAUGAACAAAAUAAUGAGCUAUUCAAGUGACUUUAGACAGAUCUUUUGCCAAGCAUGUCUAAGAGAAGAACCUGGCUCUGAGAAUCCCUGUCUCAUAAGCAAGUUAAUGCUAUGGGAUGCAAAGCUUUAUAAAGGUGCCCGUAAGAUCCUUCACGAAUUGAUCUUCAGCAGUUUUUUUAUGGAGAUGGAAUACAAAAAGCUCUUUGCUAUGGAAUUUGUGAAGUACUAUAAACAGUUGCAGAAAGAAUAUAUCAGUGAUGAUCAUGACAGAAAUAUCUCUGUAACUGCACUCUCAGUGCAGAUGUUUACUGUCCCUACUCUGGCUCGACAUCUUAUUGAAGAACAGAAUGUUAUUUCUGUCAUUACUGAAACUCUUCUAGAAGUUUUACCUGAAUACUUGGACAGGAACAAUAAAUUCAACUUCCAGGGUUAUAGCCAGGACAAAUUGGGAAGAGUAUAUGCGGUAAUAUGUGACCUAAAAUAUAUCCUGAUCAGCAAACCCACAGUAUGGACGGAAAGAUUAAGAGUGCAAUUCCUUGAAGGUUUUCGAUCUUUUUUGAAGAUUCUUACUUGCAUGCAGGGAAUGGAAGAAAUCAGAAGACAAGUUGGGCAACACAUUGAAGUGGAUCCUGACUGGGAGGCUGCCAUUGCUAUACAGAUGCAACUGAAGAACAUUUUACUUAUGUUCCAAGAGUGGUGUGCUUGUGAUGAAGAACUGUUACUAGUGGCUUAUAAAGAAUGUCACAAAGCUGUGAUGAGGUGCAGUACAAAUUUCAUGUCUAGUAGUAAGACAGUAGUACAAUUGUGUGGUCAUACUCUGAGAACAAAGUCCUACAGAGUAUCUGAGGAUCUUGUAAGCAUACAUCUGCCUCUCUCCAGGACUCUUGCUGGUCUUCAUGUGCGUUUAAGCAGGUUAGGUGCUGUUUCAAGACUUCAUGAAUUUGUGCCUUUUGAGGACUUUCAAAUAGAAGUCCUGGUGGAAUAUCCUUUGCGCUGUCUGGUAUUGGUUGCCCAGGUUGUUGCUGAGAUGUGGCGAAGAAAUGGGCUUUCUCUUAUUAGCCAGGUAUUUUACUACCAAGAUGUUAAAUGCAGAGAAGAAAUGUAUGAUAAAGAUAUCAUCAUGCUUCAGAUUGGUGCAUCUUUAAUGGAUCCCAACACGUUCUUGUUACUGGUACUUCAGAGGUAUGAACUUGUUGAUGCUUUUAACAAGACCAUAUCCACAAAAGACCAGGAUUUGAUUAAACAAUAUAAUACACUAAUAGAAGAAAUGCUUCAGGUUCUCAUCUAUAUUGUAGGAGAGCGUUACGUACCUGGAGUGGGAAAUGUGACGAAAGAAGAGGUCACAAUGAGGGAAAUUAUUCACUUGCUUUGUAUUGAACCCAUGCCACACAGUGCCAUUGCCAAAAAUUUACCUGAGAAUGAAAAUAAUGAAACUGGCUUAGAGAGUGUCAUAAACAAAGUGGCUACAUUUAAAAAGCACAACAUGUCUGUCCCAUUAAGGGCUGAACAUAUGCAGAAGAAAAGGAGAAAACAAGAAAACAAAGAUGAAGCAUUGCCACCACCACCGCCUCCUGAAUUCUGCCCUGCUUUCAGCAAAGUGAUUAACCUUCUGAAUUGUGAUAUCAUGAUGUAUAUUCUCAGGACCAUAUUUGAGCGGGCAAUAGACACAGAAUCUAACUUGUGGACUGAAGGGAUGCUCCAAAUGGCAUUUCAUAUUCUAGCAUUGGGUUUACUAGAAGAGAAGCAACAACUUCAAAAAGCUCCUGAAGAAGAAGUGACAUUUGACUUUUACCAUAAGGCUUCGAGAUUGGGAAGUUCAGCCAUGAAUGCUCAGAAUAUACAAAUGCUUUUAGAAAAGCUCAGAGGAGUUCCCCAGUUAGAAGGCCAGAAGGAUAUGAUAACAUGGAUACUCCAGAUGUUUGACAUGGUCAAGCGAUUGAGAGAAAAGUCUUGUUUACUUGUAGCAACUACAUCAGGAUCAGAAUCUAUAAGGAGUGAUGAGAUUACUCAUGAUAAAGAAAAAGCAGAACGUAAAAGAAAAGCAGAAGCUGCUAGGCUACAUCGCCAGAAGAUCAUGGCUCAGAUGUCUGCCUUACAGAAAAACUUCAUUGAAACUCACAAACUCAUGUAUGACAAUACAUCAGAAAUGCCCGGAAAAGAAGACUCCAUUAUGGAGGAAGAGAGCACCCCAGCAGUCAGUGACUACUCUAGAAUUGCUUUGGGUCCUAAACGGGGUCCGUCUGUUACUGAAAAGGAGGUGCUGACAUGCAUCCUCUGCCAAGAAGAACAGGAGGUGAAAAUAGAAAAUAAUGCCAUGGUAUUAUCGGCCUGUGUCCAGAAAUCUACCGCCUUAACCCAACACAGGGGAAAACCCAUAGAACUCUCAGGGGAAACCUUAGACCCACUUUUCAUGCAUCCAGACUUGGCGUAUGGAACGUAUACAGGAAGUUGUGGUCAUGUAAUGCAUGCAGUAUGCUGGCAGAAAUAUUUUGAAGCUGUACAGCUGAGCUCACAGCAGCGCAUUCAUGUUGACCUUUUUGACUUAGAGAAUGGAGAAUACCUUUGCCCUCUUUGCAAGUCUCUCUGUAAUACUGUGAUUCCAAUUAUUCCUUUGCAACCUCAAAAGAUAAACAGUGAGAAUGCAGAAGCUCUUGCUCAAGUUUUGACCCUGGCACGUUGGAUACAGACUGUUCUGGCCAGAAUAUCAGGUUAUAAUAGGAAACACGCUAAAGGAGAAAACCCAGCAAUUCCUAUCUUAUUUACUCAAGGAAUGGGAGAUUCCACUUUUGAGUUCCAUUCUAUCCUGAGUUUUGGAGUUCAGUCCUUGCUCAAAUAUUCUAAUAGCAUCAAGGAAAUGGUCAUUCUCUUUGCCACAACAAUUUUUAGAAUUGGACUGAAAGUGCCUCCUGAUGAAACUGAUUCUCGAAUCCCCAUGAUGACCUGGAGCACAUGUGCUUUUACUCUCCAGGCAAUUGAAAACCUGUUGGGAGAUGAAGGAAAACCUCUGUUUGGAGCACUUCAGAAUAGACAGCACAAUGGUCUGAAAGCAUUAAUGCAGUUUGCAGUUGCACAGAGGAGUACCUGCCCUCAGGUCCUGAUACAGAAACAUCUAGUUCGCCUGCUAUCAGUUGUUCUUCCUAACCUAAAAUCAGAAGAUACACCAUGCCUUCUAUCUAUAGAUUUGUUUCAUGUUUUGGUAGGUGCUGUGUUAGCAUUCCCAACCUUGUAUUGUGAUGACACUGUUGAUUUACAGCCUUCAUCAGUUGGUUCUUCUUAUAACCACCUCUAUCUCUUCCAUUUGAUCACCAUGGCACACAUACUUCAGAUACUUCUUACCAUAGACACAGGCCUUCCCCUUGCUCAGGUUCAAGAAGACAGUGAAGAGGCUCGUUCUGCAUCUUCCUUCUUUGAAGAAGUUUCCCGAUACACAAAUGGCUGCAUUGGGUGUGGUAUUCCUGGCUGGUAUUUAUGGGUUUCAUUGAAGAGUGGCAUCACCCCUUACCUCCGCUGUGCUGCAUUGUUUUUCCACUAUUUGCUUGGGGUAACUCCACCUGAAGAACUGCUUGCCAAUUCCUCAGAAGAAGAGUACAGUGCACUAUGUAGCUACCUAUCUUUACCCACAAAUUUGUUCCUGCUUUUCCAGGAAUAUUGGGAUACUAUAAGGCCCUUGCUCCAGAGGUGGUGUUCUGAUCCCGCCUUACUAAACUGUCUGAAACAAAAAAGCACUGUGGUCAGGUACCCUAGAAAAAGAAAUAGUUUGAUAGAGCUUCCUGAUGACUAUAGCUGCCUCUUAAAUCAAGCUUCUCAUUUCAGGUGCCCACGGUCUGCAGAUGAUGAGCGAAAGCACCCUGUCCUCUGUCUUUUCUGUGGGGCCAUUCUGUGCUCUCAGAACGUUUGCUGCCAAGAAAUCAUGAAUGGGGAAGAGGUUGGAGCUUGCAUUUUUCAUGCACUUCACUGUGGAGCUGGAGUCUGCAUUUUCCUAAAAAUCAGAGAAUGCAAAGUUGUCCUGGUUGAAGGUAAAGCCAGAGGCUGUGCCUAUCCCGCUCCCUACUUGGAUGAAUAUGGAGAAACAGACCCUGGCCUGAAGAGGGGCAACCCCCUUCAUUUAUCUCAUGAGCGAUAUCGGAAGCUCCAUUUGGUCUGGCAACAGCACUGCAUUAUAGAAGAGAUUGCUAGGAGCCAGGAAACUAAUCAGAUGUUACCUGGACUCAACUGGCAGUUACUUUGA